AGCCAAUGAGAGACGGGCAGGGAAAUAUCGCGGGAGGAUGAUGAAAAAAUAGAACAAAAAACAAAAAAUAUGGCUGAAGUUUGGUUUGUAUAAAUGAUUUAUCAGCACCAUCUAUCUUUGGACUUCCUCCAUGUUUCGGAGUUGAAGUACUGCCUUUUUUAUGUUUGUUUUCAACUUUUGAAGUUAGCAGCCGUGAUGGGGCAAGUCAACUCUGUAGCUUAGAAAUACAGGUUGCAGUGCAAACAUUGAUGAUUUGUCAGAUUUAAUAAAGCCAGUCUAACGUCUGUCGCAGAUCUCUAAAACAGUUGGCGUUUCCUUUGAUUUAAUGUGAUUGAAUAACACUGUGAUUAAAAUGUCUCAACACUUGGAGCCUGAUGAAAACACUGCACUACUGAGAAAUGAAAAGUGAGUAAAACUCAUUGCUUACUUGGUAAAGCAUUUAAGGAAACCCAAGAACAGUACAAGAGCCGAUGGAGGUCUAUCCGAGUCAUGUAUCUCACAAUGUUUCUCAGCAGUGUGGGUUUUUCUAUUGUCAUAACAUCAAUAUGGCCGUAUCUUAAAAAGAUUGAUUUGACUGCUGACGCCAGUUUCUUGGGCUGGGUUGUUGCAGCAUACAGUGUUGGACAGAUGGUGGCUUCACCAAUCUUUGGCUUAUGGUCUAAUUACAGACCAAGAAGGGAGCCUCUUAUAGUCUCCAUAUUCAUCAAUGUGGCAGCUAACAUCCUCUACGCAUACGUGCAUAUCCCACACUCCCACAACAAAUACUACAUGCUAGCUGCUCGCACCUGUGUGGGCUUGGGUGCAGGAAACGUAGCUGUUGUGAGAUCCUACGUUGCUGGUGCAACAACACUUAAUGAGCGAAACAGUGCUAUGGCGAACAUGAGUGCCAGUCAGGCUCUAGGAUUUAUACUGGGUCCAGUUUUACAGGCAUGCAUGUCUUUUAUUGGUGAGAGAGGUGUCACCUGGGAGCUCAUUGACCUGCAGCUCAACAUGUACACAGCUCCAGCUCUGCUGGGAGCGCUGUUCGGUGUUGUCAAUAUUGUGCUUGUCAUUGCUGUCUUAAGGGAACAUUGUGUGGAUGAUCUUGAAAGAAGUUUCAACAACAUCAACAGUAUUUCAGAAGAACGAGUUGAAGUGACUGGAGAUGCAGAGGAGGGUAUCGAUCAGGUGGCCGUAGUGACAUCAAACCUCCUGUUCUUUGUCAUCCUUUUCAUAUUUGCAGUCUUUGAAACGAUCUCCACUCCCCUGUCAAUGGACAUGUAUUCUUGGACAAGGGCUCAGGCAGUUUAUUACAAUGGCAUUAUUUUGGCAGCAAUUGGGUUCGAAUCCGUCCUGGUAUUUAUGGCAGUAAAAAGCAUAUCUAAAAUAACUGGAGAUCGACUGGUGCUUCUUGGAGGACUGGUGAUUAUUUUUUGCGGAUUCUUAAUUUUGCUUCCAUGGGGCAACCAGUUUCCAAAGAUCCAGUGGACAGGUAUUCAGAACACUACCACAAAUGGGACAUUCUCUGCCACCACAAAUGUAACCUCUUCCCCUCCACGAAACGACCUGUCUGAACCAACGGGCUGCCCUGCCCAACAGACCUGGUGCCAAUACAUCCCAGUUAUCCACCUUGCCCAGUACAUCACGUCUGACAUCUUGAUAGGGAUGGGAUACCCAGCUUGUAAUGUCAUGUCCUACACGCUGUACUCCAAGAUUCUGGGACCAAAACCUCAGGGUGUCUACAUGGGCUGGCUAACAGCCUCGGGAAGCGGGGCUCGGACUCUGGGACCGGUGUUCGUCAGCCAGGUGUAUACCAGCCUGGGGCCUCGGUGGGCAUUCGGUGCCGUCUGUGGACUGGUAGUAGCAGCUGUAGUUCUCCUGGGAGUGAUGUAUAAGAGACUUAUUGCCUUUUCUUUGAGGUAUGGGAGAUUACAGGAGCAAGUGGCUGCUUAACGUUUUUCAAGCUUAUGAACUUACUGAACCAAACGAUUUUCAUUCAUUCUACACACAAAGACACAAGGAGUGUCUUUUUUUUUUUUUAAUCUCAUCUCUGCAAACCAGCGAAGGAGCAGAGCUACUAGAAGAACUACAGUAUUUGCUCGAGUAUAAGUCGAGAAAUUUAACCCCAAAACACAGUCCUCAAGUUGCGGGGGUCGACUUAUACACAUUGUCUAUAUGUAAAAAAAAAUGAAUGAAUCCACUGAAAUACAUACUUCCAUGUGGGCUAGGAAGGAAGUGGAGGUGGGGCUUGUACCAGAACAAUAUUUAAUACAUAUAUUUACUAAAAUUAACACCUGAGGUGCACUCUAACAACAGUUUCGAUUUCAGGGGUUACUUUUUUGUUUUCUGUUACACUAAACUUAUCAUUUUUGUUUCAAUAACAAAUUUAAAUAAAUAAAUAAAUUUAUACCUGGAUCUCGCCCUUACAAUGGUGGGCUCGACUUACUCGAGCGAAUACGGUAUUUCAAUCUGAAGCCGGUGUUAACUGGAGAGCAAACUGGCAGCCUAAUGGCUGUGUGGGCUGUGCUUCACCUGCUGCUCUGAAAGUUGAGCAGUUAGCAGAGGGAUCACAUUUUGUUACAAUGUCAAAGGCUCUGGUAAAUGUAAUGGAUGUCCAGCAUAUGACAAAGUAUAUGAAGUUAAUGUGACAUGCGUUUUAUCAUUUUAAUUAAAGAUAUAUGAGAGAGAGAGAGAGAGAGAGAGAGAGAGAGAGAGAGAGAGAGAGAGAGAGAGAGAGAGAGAGAGAGAGAGAGAGAGAGAGAGAGAGAGAGAGAGAGAGAGAGAGAGAGAGAGAGAGAGAGAGAGAGAGAGAGAGAGAGAGAGAGAGAGAGAGAGAGAGAGAGUGAUUGAUUGAUUGAUUGAUUGAUUGAUUGAUUGAUUGAUUGAUUGAUUGAUUGAUUUCCUCUUCAGGCCCUGUGGUCACUAAUGUAGUCCUGACACUGAGGUGUUUUAUUCUGCAUACAAAUAAAGAAAUGAUUUGGUA